AUGCCCGACUCAUUCUUCCAGUCCGACAAGAAACGAAAGCGCCCCGCAAGAAGCGGUGAAUCCUCCGACGGCCCUUCGCGCGGGAGGGAGCGGGAUGAAGAUUUAUCGUCGGAUGCGGAGGGGGACGAUGGGGGUGAUUUGGACGAUAUGGACUUUCGGGGGGAUCAGAAUAGGGAUAGGGAGGACGAGGAGGUGAUUGAUGAGAAUGAGACGGGGGCGGAGAAGCGCGUUAGGCUGGCGAGGGGGUAUUUGAAGAAGGUGCAGGAUGAGGUGGAAGCGGCGAAAGAUGAUCAAGACUAUGAUGCGGCCGAGAUUGAUCGAGAACUGAUUGCUGCUCGGCUGCAGAAAGAUGUGUCGGAGACGGAAGGCCGGAUCCACUCUUUCCUCGCUUCACGUCCCCUAUCGAUCACUUCCAAACUCGUCAAGCUACCUACCCACAUACCCACCUCCGUCGCCCUCACACCCACUUCACUCGUUGUUUCGACAAAACGAGGCCUGAUGUUCCGCUACGCCCUGCCGUCGUUACAACAGAUCGGCAAGCCCUUUGGCCAAGCUCAAGCCACACCAGCAACGACUAGCAAAGGCUUGGCUGCUCCAACAGGACAUACAGGCGAGCUGUACUGCGUAGCGGCGAGCGAGGAUGGGCGGUUCAUCGUCAGUGGAGGAAAGGAUAAGCUGGUGGGUGUAUGGGAGGUAAGCGAGGAGGGGGGAGUCAAGUGGUUGACUGGAAUGAGGGGGCACAAGGAUUCAGUCACUAGUAUAGCCUUCCCACCUCUCUCCAAUCCCUCGCAUCACAUCCUCUCGGCCUCUCUCUCCCGCCACCUCGCCCUCCACUCCCUGUCCACCCUCUCCGCCAUCGACACCUUCUUCGGACACCAAGAUUCCAUCUCGUCCAUCUCGUCCCUCAAGCCCACACUCGCCGUGACCGCAGGAAGCAGGGACCGGACCUGUCGGUGGUGGAAGGUCGAAGAGGAGAUCCAGCUCGUGUUUCGGGGCGGAGGUAAGAGCUUUGAGGGCCAGUCGGCCAAGGGGGAGGCGAAGAAGGGGGAGCCGGCAGAAGAGGAGAUUGGAGCGGAUGGGAUGGAGGUGGAUCGGAGGAAAGAAAAGGGAAAGGGGAGAGGAAAGGAGUUUAUCGAGGGAAGUAUCGAUACGGUCUGUAUGCUGGAUGAUCAGCGGUUCGUCUCGGGUGGGGACAGCGGAUCAUUGUGCUUGUGGCAAACAGCCAAGAAGAAGCCCAUCUUCACCCACCCAUUAGCCCACGGCGUCGACAAUCUCCUACAUGAAGAUGACAAGGAAAUGACCGGUCCAAGAUGGAUAACAGCUAUCGGUGCUCUCCGGGGCUCAGAUAUCUUCGCCACUGGAUCAUGGGACGGUGUCAUCCGACUUUGGGCACUCGAUCCCGCUCUCCGAGCCUUCAAACCUAUCCACACGAUCGCCGUCCCGGGCUUUAUAAACUCGAUUCAGAUCCUCUCUGUCCCAUCAUCCUCUAUGGCAAAUGGCGGCGGAGACCAAGUGCGCAAGGGGAAGAGCGCGAAGGGCAAGAUGGAGAUUUUGCUUGUGGCUGCAGUAGCGCAGGAGCCGGGAUUGGGGAGGUGGAUGUCCAUCAAGAAGGGCGUGAAGAGUGGGGCGUUUGUGGCGCAUCUGAAAUUCGGGGAGGAGGGGCGGGGGGCUGUGAAUGGGACGGAGCUAUAG